AUGGUGUCCUCUGGGUACAAGAGUCAUAACUACGGCAUGACACGCAUCGUGGGUGGCAGAGCUGCCAAGCCAGGAGCCUGGCCCUGGAUCGUCAGCAUCCAGCAUCCCAGGAUACCAGGCACAAGGCAUUUCUGUGGAGGGUCUCUCAUCAGGGCGGAGUGGGUCCUCACAGCGGCCCACUGCUUUGACCUCAUUUUUAACUCCAGCUUGGUGUAUGUGGUGCUUGGGGCCACUCAGUUGACUCAGCCAGGCCCUGAGGUACAAGUGCGCCAAAUUAAGAAGUUACUGCUUCAUGAAAACUAUAAGAGACAGGACAUGAGCAAUGACAUUGCCUUGCUGGAACUGAGCAAGCCUGUUGAGUGCAGUCCCUACAUCCAGCUGGCCUGUGUGGCUGAUGCUAUCCUAGGGGUGUCAGUGUCACAUGAGAAGAGCUGCUGGAUCGCUGGCUGGGGUGCCACCACUCCAAGAGAUAAAAACCGAAGUGAUCGCCUGCAGGAGGCCAAGGUGUACCUCAUCAGUGUCCAGCUCUGCAACAGCACUGGCUGGUACUCAGGGAAAAUCCACCCCUACAACUUGUGUGCUGGUUACCCACAGGGCCUCAUCGACUCCUGCCAGGGUGACAGCGGUGGUCCUCUCAUGUGCCAGGACAACUAUGCUGACUAUUGGUGGGUUGUUGGAGUGACUAGCUGGGGAGAAAGCUGUGGCAGAGCAAGGCGGCCUGGAAUCUACACCUCCACUCAGUACUUCUAUGACUGGAUCCUGGUCCACAUGGGAUUGGAGAAGAAGGUUACCAGCUCUCCAUCCCACUGGCCAGCCAUGAAUUGGCUCGGCCUCCUCGUCCUGCUGACCGUGGCUGGGCUGGCCCACAGCAUACAGAAUACCUGUGGAGGUUCCUGCGGAUUCCGAGCUCCACAACCUGACUAUGGCUCCAUGACUUAUUCCUACGGCAAUGUGGCUUAUGAUGAUGGCACGACACGCAUUGUGGGUGGCAUAGGCGCUGUGGAAGCAUCCUGGCCCUGGAUCAUCAGCAUCCAGUAUUCCCUUCCAGGAAAUCUGUUCCAUUUCUGUGGAGGGUCUCUCAUCAGUGCGCAAUGGGUCCUCACAGCGGCCCACUGCUUUGACUCCAUCAGUAACAUCAGCAUGGUGUACGUGGUGAUUGGGGCCACCCAGUUGAAUAACCCGGGCCCUGGGGCCGUACUGCGCAGUGUCAAGCAGGUGGUGAUACACCAGUACUACAAUCCUGCCGACUUUAGCUACGAUAUUGCCCUGCUGCAAUUGAACGAGCCUGUCCUGUGCAGCCCCUACAUCCAGCUGGCCUGUGUGGCUGACCCCACCUUAAAAGUCUCAAACCUCAACAACUGCUGGGCGGCUGGCUGGGGUGCCACCACUGCAAGAGCUCAAGAUUCAAGCGAUCACCUGCAGGAGGCCAAGGUCCAGCUCAUCGAUGUCCAGCUCUGCAACAGCAGCCUCUGGUACUCAGGGAAAAUCCACACCCACAACUUGUGUGCUGGUUACCCACAGGGCCUCAUCGACACCUGCCAGGGUGACAGCGGUGGUCCUCUCAUGUGCCAGGACAACAAUGCUGCGUACUGGUGGGUUGUCGGAUUAACCAGCUGGGGAGAAGGCUGCGCCAGACCAAACCAGCCUGGAGUCUACACCUCCACCCAGCACUUCUAUGACUGGAUCGACUACAACAUGCGUGCACACCACGCAGCUGAAAGUGCUUCCUGA